AAAAAAAGUUUGAGAUCUGCAAUGAGUUCGGUGGGAGGGGUGGUGGGUAUGACCCCAAAGGAACUGUCGGAUUACGACGACAUUGCGACUGCCGUUGUAGUUGAUCCAUUCCUUGGCUUUGCGUCACACAAAAUGUCUCUCAGGUUUCGUACACCAGGGAUUGCUGCUCAACAACAUCUUAAAUCUGCUAUACAGGAGUUCCAGAAGCAUCAAAACCACACGAAAACCUGGAAACUGUUAAUGGAAUGUGAUUGGCUCCGAAAUGUGUACAACAGGAAGAGUAAGAUUCAUCAAGAAGCUCUACGGGAACAUGUUUACAGAUAUCUUCAAUGGUUUCACAGAGACUCUGGUUUCAAUAUUGAACCUUGUCACAGAUAUAGUAUGGAAGGACAGAUGGGAGCCAGGGUAGUAGCAACCAAACAUUGGUCUAAGGGAGAUCAAAUUUCUUCUCUAAUCGGUUGUAUUGCUGAGUUGUCUGAGGAGGAGGAGCGUAUGCUGCUGGUUCAAGGGAAGAAUGACUUCUCUGUCAUGUUCUCCUGUCGGAAAAACUGCGCCCAGUUGUGGUUGGGAACAGCGGCUUACAUCAACCACGACUGCAGACCUAACUGCAAGUUUGUAGCAACUGGGAGAGAUAGAGCCUGUGUCAAGGUUCUACGUGAUAUAGUUCCCGGAGAGGAGAUCACCUGUAUGUACGGAGAGGACUUCUUCGGAGACAAUAAUUGUUAUUGUGAGUGUGAGACUUGUGAGCGACGGAAGACCGGCGCAUUCAGCGGGCUGGCCAACUCACCGGAGAAAGAGAACGGAUAUAGGUUAAGAGAAACAGAUCUCAGAUUGCGUCGACCAAAACAGUUAGCAACAGCCUGCUCUAAUCUACAGACUAGUAAUUCUAAUUCAAGUUCCAACAGUAGAUCUGCCAGUCCGGUUUCAUCAGGUACGGUGAGUCCCCCUGAGUCUGCUGUAACAUAUAAACAGCUGAAGGAACGAGGAUUUCGUGGAACUAAAUACGACGCUGAACUCAUGAUAGCUCAGGGGUUCACACUGCAACAAAACCAUCAGAUUAACACACAGCCUUUUUUAGGGGGAGCAAAGGAAGUGAAUCCUCUAGUAUUCUCAAACUCAGAUCCUCCAUCAGACAAGGACAAAGCUCACCAGCCUGCCGUAACAAACGCUUCUGAACUCCGCGAACUGGAAUCCCUUCCGGUCGCUUCCUGCGUGUCACGUGACUAUACGCUUACCGUCCGGUCACUGCGCGCAACAGCAGGAAGACGCGCCGCGCAGUGCGAAGAGCAGAGAAAAGUGGAGGCAGGGAAGAAAGUUCUAAAGGACAUACAGUGUAGUGGUGUGCGUCGGUGUGAAAGAGGACGAGUACCGAGUGAUUCCUCAAGUGGUAUUAGUGAUGAUACUCUAUCCAGCGGUUCCGACAGCGGUAUAGAAGCAGGGGAAAACUGGUCUAGUGGACUUAGCAGGGUUUAUCAUGGUGUUCCUGUAUCCUACAGUUCAGAUCAGGAACUGGAGGAUAGUCGAGGCUCGGCUGAGAAUCAGGAGGUCAGGCAAAGGAUUCGAGCCGCUCUGGAGAACGGUGUGCGCCGGAUGAACCUCGACAAUUCGAGGACAGAAACCCGGCGUUCUACGCGGACUGUUGAGACCCGGCGGAGUGUAGAUACUAGAUCUGCUGAGGCUAGGCGUAAUUAUUCUUCAACUCUACGGAAACUAGAUAGACUUCAAAGGGAUAUAGAGAAUUCAUUCCGGGAACUUAAUCAGAUAUCCAGGGAUACAGAUCCAGAAGAAGAAGUUUCUCCUGAUGAUCCCUCGGAAAGGACCACCCAUCCCUCCUCCUCCACCUUCUCCCCUUCUCCCUCCCCCUCCCCUCCUCACACUCCUCUACCCCCGAACUCGCCCCUCAGGGUUAAGCUACUACUGAGGAAGAGGUCUCCUGUUCUAGACGAGGUUAUCCUCGGCUGGGGUGAAGACAAGAGUGACGAGUACGAAGUUCUCCGGGUUGAAGGAAUUGAAUCUGAGGAGGAGAUCAAGGUAGACCCGGAGAUAUCCUUCAACAAGGAGUCCAUCAAGCUCGGCAAGAGGAGACACCUGUCUGCUGAGGUGGAGAAGAACGGUCUGUUUGUUCAGAAAGAUGACUCACCGACUAAGAUGAAACGUCUGCGUCUGAUAAUGGGGAAGGAGACGAUGUCUACCGUUAAUUAUUCUUAAAUUAAUGUCUUUAUCAUUGGUCUCAGAAUUUUAAUUAAUCUGAGUUUACUGAGAAAAACUUUUCGUUA